CGAUGUUUCAGUCUGGUUUAGAUGGUCUGUAAUAUUGCUGAAAGAUGGCGGCACGCUACUCGAACCGUUUCCCAGCCCCUGUGUGAAGGAAGAAUAAGCCCCUAUAUAGGGAAAUAUCGAGUGGAAGAAGCGGCCGUCGAUUCCACCUGGAAAUUGAAGUGAAAAUAUCGCAGUCCUCUCUCGGAUGAAAAUGUUCGAAAGAAGUUGUCACUGCAUCGCGAGCGGAACUUUCACCGUUUGCUUCGCAUCUAGAAUUCUACUAGCGACGACGAUGAUUUCAGCUCUUCAAACACCGAUGCAAUCUUACAACGUUGGCGUCCUGAUGGCUUCGCAUCUCGACAGUCCUUUCGACCUGGAACGCUGCGGUCCUGCGGUUGAUUUGGCGCUCGCUGAGGUCAACGAGUUUCUGACCGGCCACAACGUCCAGCUGCAAAAGGUCCAGGGCAGUUAUCCGUCGUGCAGCGGGGCUCGAGCACCCGGUUUGGCCGCUGACAUGCAUUUUCGAGACAACGUGAUCGCUUUCAUCGGUCCUGCUUGCGCUUUUGCCCUCGAGCCAGUAGCCAGGCUUGCAGCUUACUGGAACAGCCCGAUAAUCACUGGUAUGGGAGAUCAGCCACCUUCGGAGGGAGAGUUAUCAGUCACUUCUGGAAUUCUUGGUCGACUGCACAAAUGGAGAAACGAGACAUCUGUAAGAAUUAUGUAUAGGAAACCUCGCAAUGUAUCGGCUUAUUCCAAUUUACUCUCGUUAUACCGAUUCAUGUUCAAUAUUAUUACGCUGCAGCUGUAGAAUUAAUUUUUUUUUCUUUUACUUAUUUAUUAUACGAAUGUGUCCUUAUGAUGAUACUUAAUUAUGUCAAUAUUUGAGCGCAGACUCACAA